AUGGAAAUCAUUAGAGAGCCACAAGGUUUUAUCAUCAAUCAGAGGAAGUUUACCUUAGAAUUGUUGGAGGAAUUUGGUUGUUCAGGAGCUGCUGUAUCUUCACCCUUGGAUCCUUCUUCCAAAUUGCAUCUUGGCUUGUCACCUCCCUUAGCUGACCCUGUUAUCUAUCGCCGCGUUGUUGGUAACCUUAAUUACCUCACAAACACCCGCCCGGACAUCUGUUUUACUGUGCUCACUCUUAGCCAAUACAUGCAAAAGCCCCAAAUGUUGCAUCUUUCUGCUGGGAUGCGUGUUUUGAAGUAUUUGAAUACCGAUCCAGCACAAGGCAUCCUCCUAUCUGCAAAUCCUUCCCUUGAUCUGCUUGCCUUUUGUGAUGCUGACUGGGCUGCUUGCAAGACUUCUCGCCGCUCUGUCAGUGGUUUCUUCAUCACCCUAGGGGGAGCUCCAAUCUCAUGGAAAUCGAAAAAGCAAGUAUUGAUUUCACUAUCCUCCGCCGAGGCAGAAUAUCGAUCUAUGAGGCGUGUCACUGCAGAGAUAACUUGGCUAGUUCGUCUCCUCGUCGAUCUAUUUGUUCCUCCUACUUUAGCGGCCAUUUACAUUGCUCGAAAUCUAGUUUUCCACGAAAGAACGAAGCAUGUGGAGCUGGAUUGCCACUUCAUCCGGCAACAGUACCUCUCAGGUUUAAUCACUCUCUCUUUUCUUCCCUCGAAGCUUCAGCUCGCGGAUCUUUUUACCAAGCCCCUCACUGGGGUUUCUCACCAUCAGAUUUUGCCCAAGUUGGGGGUUUUCUCUUCACCCUCCAACUUGAGGGGGGAUGUUAAGAUGAAACCCCAUAAUAAUUUGAAAGAAGAAGAAGCAGAAACGAAGAAGAUGAAAAGAUUUCAUCUUGUACAGAAAUAA